UUAGAGAAAGAAAAGAAAGAUGAAGCAUCAAAAUCAGAGGCUGUUGCUUUAAUGCGUUUGUUUGCUGCUUUUCUUACCUUUGCAACGCUGUGCAUCGUCUGUGGGCGCGUCCACGCCACGAGUGGCCUCCGAGUGAAGACUUUCUUGUGUGGCGCAAGUUUCCCCACUGACGGCACUUUUCAAGUCGAGGAGGGACACCAGCUGACAAGCAUGCACAGAAGCAUGUUACGGGGCCAUGAAAGCAGAUGUCAGAAGCACAGUACAGACGGAUGAAGAUCAGCACAUCCACCUUGGUCAACAAACCUAUCCCUAAUCCUGCUAAGAAUGUUCUCCUCACCGCAGGAACCCCAUCUCUGCUGGCACAACAGGCCUCUGUCAAAUUGCGAAUGGCUGACACAGCUACGUGGACCAUCUUCUCUUCUCAGCAUGUUAAGUGUGGAUUACCACGAUGAUACUGAUGAAGAUGUGGACUAUCAGCCACCAAGAGCCACCACCACUGCCCGGCUGCAACGUCCCGCCACCCGGCACUCCUCCACCAUACUCCUUCAGGAAGAGCCAUUGACGUCUUCACCAGCACCAUCGUCUGCAAUUAAACGCAAGAAGACCGUGCAGAAAUCAGCCCACAACAAGCGCCACGUUUCUGAAUCUAAAGAGAGGUGGCACUGCAAGGAGGAGAGUGACAUCAAUCCAAAGCCUCCCCCUUUCACACCUGCCAGAACCCCUGGACCUACGUUUGACACCUCGGCCCAGUGGUCUCCCCUGGCUCUUUUUCAGCUUUUUUUCAGUGCAUCAGUUGUUCGCACAAUUAUCGACAAUACAAAUGCAAAUGCAGAGAAAAAACAGGCGAAGGCAAAGUCAUUCCGCUGGAAAUUGCUCACUGUGCCUGAGUUCUACGUCUUCAUUGCUGUUGUCAUUUUCACUGGCAUUGUCAAAGUCCCUGACAGGGAUGACUACUGGACGAAAAGAUGGCCAUACAACUUCAGCUUCCCGAGAAACGCCAUGAGCAGGGACCGCUUUGAGGCCAUAUUGUGGUCACUGCACCUCAGCGACCCAAAAGACAAUGAUAAAAAGGAGAGUCGAAAAGGUAUACGCUUACACGAUCGGCUGUUCAAAAUCAAGCCGCUUUACACAGACAUUGUUUCAGCAUGCAAAGCUAAUUUUCAACCCCAGAAGAACAUUUCGAUCAAUCAAAGAGUGGUGCCCUCAGCUCGGAUCACCGCCAAACCACAAUGUACAAAUGGCAAAGCCUCGGCACUCGGUUUCAAACUGUUAGUUUUGGCAGACUCGCUUACUGCAUACACGUGGAACUUCUUUGUAUGCUCAGAGAAGACCGUGUCUUCCACCAUUGGUCAAAGUCUGCGUGACCGAACAAUCAUGGACAUUGUGGAUCCGUCCCGGCUGGGAGGGGGCUAUAAACUUUUCGUAAACAAUUUUUACUCCAGUCCCACCCUCUUCCGGGACCUUCAGAAAUUCAACAUUGGAUGUUGUGGCCCCAUCAGAAAGAAUCAAGUCGGUUUUCCCAAGACUACGGAAAAUGAUCUUCCCGCAAAGGCUGAAAAGGGAGACCUGCGAUGGUUGAGGAAGGCUGACCUCCUCUUUGUCAAGUGGAUGGGCCCACAAAAAGUCACCAUGUGCUCUUCGCUCCACGUGGCAUGCAGUGGGCAGACCAUGAAGAGCAAAGUCAAAGUGAAUGGUGGGCGCCAAAUGAAAAGAAUCACCAUUCCUGAUGCCGUCCAGGACUACAAUCGCCAUAAGGGGGGUGUGGAUCUGUCCGGCGAUUACACUGUCCAUCACAAGACCAUAAAGUGGUACAAAACUUUUUUUUUCCAUUUUGUGGAGAUUGCAGUCGUCAAUGCCUUCAUCCUACACAAGGAGCUGAUUGCUCUCCAGAACGAGCCCACAAUGCAAAAGCCACUGACUCAGCAGGUCUUCCGCGAGAGGCUGGCUGCAAGCAUGCUCGAGCUGGAUGGAAAGACGACAGCACCACCGACACCAUCACCACCACCGGCCGCAGGAGCAGAAGCAUCCCAAGUCACCUGCAUGCCCACAUUCUUUCAAGGUAACUGUAGGAAAUACUGCAGGAGGUGUCAUGCUAUGGGUACGACCCGGGUCAAGACAAAAGUGUACUGCAGGAAGUGUGAGGUCCCGCUGUGCUUCACCCAGAAAAAGAACUGCUUUCAGCUUUGGCAUGAUGAACAACAUUGAAAGGACAGGGUGUCCCCC